CACACUCACAUUCCGCACCCACAGGCCACAGCCCAAUCCCUCCCUCUCUCUCUCUAGAAAUCGACGUUUUUGUUUGAGCUGAUGGUGAAUUGGUGACCUUUUUCGUUGUCCCAUUUUGAAGGUUCUUGAAUUAACUCCAUUUUCUCAUCAUCACCCAGGGUAUUUGCAGGAAUCUGUUAUUCACGAGGAGGGAUGACACUCCUGAGAAGCAGACUGGCCUGUUGUACAAGAGAAAGAGAGAUAAGUUUUGACUUUGAUGAACAAAAGAUUACAACUUAUGAUGGGCUUGAGAGCUGCAUCAAGCAAAGCCAGUCCUAUGACAAUGAAAGCUCCACCAGCCGAUGUGACAAAAGCGUUACAGACUCCUUGUUCGAUGAUGAUUCGAGCAGCACGUCUAGCAACACUGCUUUCAUGUCGUCGCUCUCGUCUCAGAGGACGACGACAGUGAAGAAGGACAGCCAUGGACCUGAAACGUGGGAAUUCUCCGCGAGCCCUCAACAUUUCUGUGUCAAGGAGAAGGCAGCUUCACAGAGCUUCGAGUAUUCAGAUAUGGAAGCCAUGAGAGUGAAAUUCUCGAAGUUGUUGCUCGGGGAGGACAUGACAGGAGGCAGCAAUGGGCUUUCGACUGCACUCGCAUUGUCAAAUGCCAUAUCAAGUCUUUCAGCAUCUGUUUUUGGUGAGCUAUGGAAAUUGGAACCACUUUCAGAGGAGAAGAAGAGGAAAUGGCAUCAAGAAAUGGAGUGGUUUCUAUCCCCUACAAACUAUAUGGUUGAGUUGGUCCCCGCUACACAGAAUGGCAAUAACGGCUCCACUUUUGAGAUAAUGACACCAAAAGCUCGGCCCGACAUUCAGAUGAAUCUGCCAGCUCUUCAGAAACUGGAUACUAUGCUUAUUGAAACCCUCGAUUCAAUGGUUGAGACCGAGUUUUGGUACUCUGAAGUUGGAAGCCGAGCCGAAGGGAGAAGUAGGAGUGCGGGACAGAGCAAAAGAUGGUGGCUGCCUUCGCCUCAGGUGCCAAUGACCGGGCUGUGUGAUGCUGAAAGAAAGAAACUGAUGGAUUGCGGUAAAUUGGUGAAUCAAAUAUUCAAAGCCGCUAAAGCUAUCAAUGAAAACGUCUUGCACGAAAUGCCUGUUCCCGCGCUCAUCAAGGACGCGCUUCCUAAGUCUGCUAAGGUGAACCUCGGGGAGGAUCUGUACAAGGUUUUGAGUGUGGAAUCGGCUUCGUUUGAUGACAUGAUUGAUGCUCUGAACCUGAGAUCCGAGCACAGCGCCCUGGAGACCAUAAACAGAUUGGAAGCAGCGGUUCUCGUGUGGAAAGAAAAAUUAGCUGAACAAGCAGAAGACAACAAGUCUCCUAUUCGAACGUCUUGGUCUUUCAUUAAAGAUCCAACAUUUGAGCUCGAUAGGAUUGAUCUUUCGUUGAAUCAUGCUGAAGCUCUUCUGCAGAAGAUUAAAACCCGAUACCCAAACCUCCCACACACAUUCCUUGACAUGAUGAAGAUCCAAUAUGGCAAGGAUAUCGGGCAUGCAGUACUAGAAGCAUACUCUCGGGUUCUUGGGAACCUGGCAUUUACCAUACUUACCCGAAUCGGAGAAAUUUUGCAAGAGGACAUUUUGAGCAAUCCAAAUUCCCCAGCAGCAGCAUGCCAUCUUCCCGGGUUAAGAAUCCCGGGGAGUCCUGCACCUGGUAGUCACCGUGUCAGGCACUCGCUCAUUGAUCAGAUGAACAAAGUCGAUGGGCGUGCUUCUUUCUCUUGUCGCACCAACGCUUCUGAUUUGGAUCUCGAUUCAGUGAGUUCAAUGAGAGGUUUGAUCACUGCAACGCCAAGUAGAAGGCGCGGGUGGUGUCUCAGCAGAGAAGUCUGCAGAAGUAAGUCGCCUGAAAAUUCACCAUAGUGCGGUCCGAUAGUUAUAAUGUAGAUAAUAGCAUCACCAUUCCAUACAACAAUACUAGGCAUAGGCUGACCUUUUAUCAACAAUUGCUUCGAACAAAAUGUCAUAAUCCGAAAUGGCAGGUUGUAUUGUUGGCAGGGCAGAAUGAAGCUUAUAAAGGCUGUGUAUUUAAUUGGUUUUGAUGAAUGCUUAAAAGUUCGUCUUCUGGCAAACUAUUUAUAUUGAUCAAA